UUUAUUUUGAUAUUGUACCGGUUGUCAGGAAGUACCCGCUUGAAGUAACUGCUGUAAAUAUUAAUGUUUUUUAGAGACAUGAAUCAACUGUAAGAUACUUUUGACUCUCAGGUUUGAACCCUCUGCUGGCGACUCAAAGAAUAUGGUGGAAAAUAUGGAUAACAUUGAGGUUUACAUCCCCAAGGGGGCGUGUGUCAAAACCAUCCCAUUUAAAUCCCUAUCCACCUCGAUGGCCAGGAAGAUCAGUGUCCAUCUACCUCAGAAACGAUCUGAAACGUCAGAGAAACAGCCUGUGACGUACAUCUCUCCGGUGGAGCUGCGGGAAAAAGCUGCCAGUAGUGAAAUGGUUGCACUGGACCAGAGGUCAUCAAUGACCAAAAUCACACCAGGCCAAUGUUGGUUACCAGUUGUGAGUUCCAGUGUCGAGGCAUAUAAGGUUUUAAAAACCAUUUUAACAGCACAUAAGCCUCGAAUACAGUUAUCAGGGCCGGAGAAUGAAGCUGAUAGCAGGGCUUCUUCAUUGCAAAAGAAUUCAUUCAUUGUAUUUAACAAUCAGAUCUUCCUUUUUGUAAAGAAGUCACGUGGCAAGCGAGUGAGAUCUCAAAACUCUGCCCUACCAUCUCAAAGUGCAUCUACUGUUCCUACAAGCCAACAAAAGCAGCAAAAUUCACCACGUAGCUGUCAGACACAGUCGAUAGAAGACAGUUUGCCAAGACCACAACAAAGAUUGGAUCCAUCUCUAACAAGAGAGUCACCUGGCAUCAAUGUGCAAACAUCAUCUUUGUUGCAGAAAGACACGGCCGAGCAGCGUUGGACAAGUAGUGAGUGCCAAAAGGCUGCUGGGACCACCUCAAGUUCAGCCACCAGCCCACCCAAACCUCCUGAAGAUCCAGAGCUUAUUCAGAAGGAUUUGCAAACAUCAAAUUCAAAGCCCCACCAGUCUCAAAGUACAACCCACACAUCAGCUGAAGUGCCAGAAGAGCCCAAAACAGCAGGUGGAGGUGGAGAGACGGAUGAAAAUUUAGAGACCGCGGGGUUUCUCCCCAAGGUUGAAAGCUGCCUUACGUUUGACUUCCAGCUGCUGGCUAAAGAGGAGAAAAUCAGCAACCUGCGAGCACGACUGAGACAGAAAGAAGCUGCGCUCAGCGUCUUAAAGUCGAGAGAUGAUAUAAUGGAUGGCUGAGCUAAAGAAGUCUAUUUAGGAUACUGUUACAGUUAUAUAAAGGUUCCUCAUGUUUUGUUUCAUUUAAAGAGUGGAAGGAUUUUAUAAUUGCUUUAACUUUCGUUUGUUAAUCUGUUAGUUUAACCUGUACAGACACGUGCAAACAACAACAUCCGCGUGUAAUUUGAAUAAUAAUACCGGAGGACUGAUGUCAUUCCUAUGGUAAUGAUUUUAAUGAGCUGUCCACCACCUGCCAUUGGCAUAAGUGCACAAAAACGUUUGCAUAUCAAUGCCAGACACAUUUACAAACAUAUGUGGUUGAAUAUAUUUGAUUAUGUGCUAAUAGCAAUGUUGGCAGCACACUAGUCACAACAAGACUGGGCAAAAGCCAUUUAGAUCAACUUUAACUGGAAUUUUCAUCUGUAUGCAUCGCAUUCUCUCAAUAAAACCAAACGGUACUCAGUUCAAAUAAAAAGUCAUAUAAAUAAUUUAUUUG